AUGGCCUCCUCCACGGCGACGACGGUGCUCCUUCUGGUGCUCCUCGCAUGCGGCGGCGCCACGGCACAGGUGUUCCCCCGGCCGCUGUUCCCGCGCGCGCCGUGGAACUUCACGCUCCCGACGGGCCCCGGCGACACCGGCGGGAGUGGGGCGACGACGACGGGCGGGGGACCGUCGGUGCCGGCCAUGUUCGUGUUCGGGGACUCCCUGACGGACAACGGCAACAACAACGACCUCAACUCGUUCGCCAAGGCCAACUACCUGCCCUACGGCAUCGACUUCGCCGGCGGGCCCACCGGCCGCUUCUCCAACGGCUACACCAUGGUCGACACCAUAGCUGAGCUUCUCGGUCUGCCCCUGCUGCCGUCCAACACCGAGGCCUCCGACGCCGACAGCGGCCCCGGCGCCCUCCAGGGCGUGAACUACGCUUCGGCCGCCGCCGGAAUCUUGGACAACACGGGGCAGAACUUUGUGGGUCGCAUCCCGUUCAGCCAGCAGAUCAAGAACUUCCAGACGACGCUGAACCAGAUCAAGGGGAAGAUCGGCGCCGGGAAGCUGUCCUCCUCGCUGGGCCGCAGCAUCUUCUACGUGGGCAUGGGCAGCAACGACUACCUCAACAACUACCUGAUGCCCAACUACAACACACGGAACCAGUACAACGGCGACCAGUACUCCACGCUCCUCGUGCAGCAGUACACCAAGCAGCUCACCAGCCUGUACAAUCUGGGGGCUAGGCGGUUCGUGAUCGCCGGGGUGGGUUCGAUGGCGUGCAUCCCCAACAUGCGCGCCAGGAGCCCGACGAACAUGUGCUCGCCGGACGUGGACGAGCUCAUCGCCCCCUUCAACAGCAAGGUGAAGGGCAUGGUGAACACCCUCAACGUCAACCUCCCGCGCGCCAGGUUCAUCUACAUCGACAACUUCGAGAUGAUCUCCGAGAUCCUCAGGAACCCAUUUAACUACGGGUUCAGCGUGGUGGACCGCGGGUGCUGCGGGCUCGGGAGGAACCGCGGGAUGAUCACCUGCCUGCCCUUGCUGCGGCCGUGCCCGAACCGGAGCACCUACAUCUUCUGGGACGCCUUCCACCCCACGGACAGGGUCAACGUGCUCCUCGGCAAGGCCGCCUACUCCGGCGGCACCGACCUCGUCUACCCCAUGAACAUCCAGCAGCUCGCCGCCUGGCAGCCGUAG